UAUGAAGAACUCUGAUUGUGUUUUAAAUGAGGACAAAAACAGAACUACAUCUACUUCAUGUAAUCCAGAUGCAAAAACAAAAUCCCUCUCUGACAUGACAGUAACAUCACACCAGGCCGGUCACACUGCAGAGAUCACACACGGCUACAAUAGCUGCUUGUCACUCAACUCAGCUGUUCUUAAAAUGUAAUCUAAUCCCUGCACCUGCUUACACCACCUCCUGUGUACUCAACAUUACACCAUCCAGAAUGUCCCCUCCAUCACAGGAGCCCCUUCAUCUCUGCCCCACGACGUCACCAUCACCCCCCCAACACACUCUUUCACACCCUGUGGCACUUUUAUGCUAAUUGGAAAAAAAAAAUCUGGGAAUAAUCUGGUAUGACGGCACUAAUCCCACACUACAAAUGGCAGGUCUACUCCUCUGCAGCUCCACACGGACCGCUGCGAGUCUCUGCACAUCUGCCUCAGACUUUAUAAGGCCAACUUAAAGAUCUGAAAACAUGGCUGUGGUGAGUGGAACUUAUCGGAUGGUCUCAGAGGAGGAGCAGGCUCUCAGGGCUAAGCUGGAGCGCCUCACCGUCAAAGACCACGGGCCGGUGUUUGGGCCCUGUGCCAAUGUGCCAGACCACACCAGGCAGAAGGCCAAGGAUGAGCUGAAUGAGACGGAGGAGAAGCGAGUUGCUGCAGUGAAGGAGCUGCGGGCGUUGAUCAAGGAGAAGGCAGAUUCUGGGGAUGAAUUGAGCAAGGGGGUGCAGGACACCUUUGGGGAGAAGCCGGACGCCAUGAUGGUCCGCUUCAUCCGUGCCAGGAAGUACGACGUGGCCAGAGCCUUUGAACUCAUGAGGGGAUACGUGCGUUUCAGGAGGGAUUACCCUGAGCUGUUUGAGAAUCUGACCCCUGAGGCCGUCCGCAGCACCAUCGAGGCCGGAUACCCAGGCAUCCUGCACAGCAGAGACAAAUAUGGCCGCGUGGUUCUGCUCUUCAACAUCGAGAACUGGGACUACGAGGAGAUCACCUUUGAUGAGAUCCUGCGUGCUUACUGCGUGAUCCUGGAGAAGCUGCUGGAGAACGAGGAGACUCAGAUCAACGGCUUCUGCAUCAUCGAGAACUUCAAGGGCUUCACCAUGCAGCAGGCAUCAGGAAUAAAACCCACUGAGCUCAAGAAGAUGGUGGACAUGCUGCAGGACUCAUUUCCUGCUCGUUUCAAAGCGGUACACUUCAUCCACCAGCCCUGGUACUUCACCACCACCUACAAUGUGGUCAAACCCCUCAUGAAGAGCAAGCUGCUGGAGAGAGUGUUUGUCCACGGUGAUGAGCUGGAAAGCUACUACAAGGAGUUCGACCCGGAGAUCCUCCCUUCCGAGUUUGACGGAAAAGGUUCCAAGUAUGACGGCAAAGCCACGGCGGCCAAGCUGUUUGACUAAAUUCCCUGCAGUUCCCUGCCAAAUGGAUGAGAGCCUUCGUUUACUCCAAACCCUGUAAAGUGUGGAGAAUUACAGCCAAAUGUAGCCGUGUGGUAACACCAGAUAAGGAUAAGAGACGCGAGAGAGAAGUUCACAAAGAUCCUGAUAAAGCAUAUUUAUGUUGAAGACAGAGAUUUACAGUCAAUGAAAUGACAUCAGGCAGCACCUUAAACAGGGGUGUCCAAAGUCAGUCCUCAAGGGCCGACGUCCCACAUGUUUUCCAACCAACCUUCCAUUGAAGCUCCUUACUG